CUUACGAAAAUGACAUCCAUUAGAUGAAUCAAAAAUGGACCGCAUGCCUCUCCAUAAGGUAGUUUGUACCAAAGUUUAACAUAAAAAAGACAGGCCAUGGCCGAUGACCCCAUGCUGAGUUUGUUUGACACAGAUGGUGGGAGCUUUCUGGAUGACCUGACUGGUCCUGGAGGAGGACAGAGUAUGGACAGUAAUUUCAUGGGACAAGGAAUGACAGGUGACCAAAUGCUUCAACAAUCACAGGGGUAUGGUGUUCAGAUGUCCGACAUGUCAGGGAAUCAGUUCAAUCCUUACCAACAGGCCAGUCCUGCUCCUGAACAGUAUACAAAUGACAGCUUCAACCAAUUUAAUGCCAGUCAGAAGUUACAGCAAAUGAAUAUGAACACAUCUCACAGUGGCAUGCCUUCUUCUCAGCCGAUGAUGAGCCCAUAUAGACAACAGCAGUUCAGACCUACUCAACCCAACAUGGGCCGACCAGGUCCAAACAUGGGUGGGUAUGGGAGUUAUGGGGCACAGCAAGCUGGACCUCGUUUACCAAACCCUCAGCAGCACAUGCCAGUUCAACAGAAUAUGCCCCAGUGGAAUCCUGGUCAGUCUAGUCCUAGUCGCCCUCAUUACAUACCCCAGUCUCAAAAUAUGAUGCAGUCCCAAAUGAUGCCCACAUCACAAAGCAUGCAGACUAAGUAUCUCUCUCAUCGUGACUUUCCACAAAUGCCAUCCUCCAAUGCUUCAGAUUUCUUUCAGAGCAGCCCUGUUACUUCAACUCCUUUUCAACAGUUUCAAGGUAACUCAUCUUCUAAUCAGCAAAACGUGUACAUUCAGAAUGUGGGACAAAGAAAUCAAAUGCCCUCCGUGCCAAUAUCAAGCCCUAAUAACACCAUGGGACACAUGCAGAGUACCAUGCAGUCCAUGGGUCCUCAGCAGUCACAGCUACCCAUGCAAAAUCAACCAACAUUCCAAAUGCAGAACAUGGGAAUGCAAAGAUUUAAUAACCCUUCUCAAUCAGUACCUCAGCAACAUGGUAUACCAUAUCAGGGCAGUUUUCCACAACAACAACAAUCUAUGAAUAAUGUUCCAACAAGUAGUUAUCAAAGGUUUACAUAUGCUCAGAUGCCAAGCAAUACACCCAAUAAACAGGGAGAAACAGGAGCACAGUUCAAUACUAGUCCCAACCAGAACUAUCGCCCUUACCCAGGCAUGCCUUCACAAAGGGCAACAACCCCCUCACCCCAUCCUCCAACUACCCCUGAGCAUCCUUCCACCCCUCAAGUCAACCCCAGGACACCAGCUCCUAUUCAGCAGAUGGAGCAACUUGUAUCUCCACCUGGACCACGUUCAAAUGCCUCCACACCAGUGUCUAGUCCAUUCCAUCAACCACCUGUAGGAAAUAAUGGGCCAAACUUCCAACCCUCAAAUGAUAUUCAAGUAGCAACUUCUCACCCAAAUUCCAAUGGCAUAGGGCCCAUUAGUCCAAAUGUCAAGAAUGCAGGGAAUGUUAGAGUGACCAUGACUAAUACUGAACGAGAGAUACAAUACCUACAGCAGCAGCUAAGUCAGCUGCAAGCAGCUGGACAGACACAGCAAACUCAACAGAAAAUGCUAGAAGUGCAGGAAAAAAUCCGUUCUCUCCGUGCUUCUCAAGAAAUACAGAGACAGAAAGCCCAUACGAGUCAGCAGAGUGGGUAUUCAACAAAUGGGCCAAUUCAACCACAGAGACAGCAACCAUCUCAAAUCCCAACCAGUGUUGCUUCAGGUAGCCAUGAUGGCAUGCAGGCAAAACCUCAGGUUUCUGUGCAACAACAGCAAACCAUCCAACAAGCACAAACGUCAGUGCAACCACAACCCACAAUGCAGCCCCAAGCUUCAAUGCAACAGCCCACAUUGCAACAGCAACAACCCCAAAUCCAACAGACACAGCCUGUCAUGCAACAACCACAGCCCAAUGUUCAGCAGCAGCAACCUGCUAGUCAGCAACCUUCCUCAAACCCCCAACAAGUGUUUCAGAUGGGACAGCCAAUGUAUGUCAAUCAGCCUCAACCCCCACAAAAUGUCCUUUUAGUGACUUCAAAUCAACAGCGGUUGUUGCAACCACAGAUGCAGCAACAGAUGCCAAAUGCUGUGAUGAAUUCCCCACAGAAGAUUCAAGUCAUUCUACAGCCACAGGGAAACCAGGCUGCUCCUCAGAUGAUCAGUCCUCAAGUGCCUCAGUCAGUGAACAAUCUACCUCAUGCUAUACCUUCCAACGUGGCUCAAGUCAUGGCCCCUAUGCCAGCUGUAGGGGCACAGCAGGGAAACAUUCCAUCAAGUGUUGUGCAACUUCAGAUGGGUGGUGUUACUCAGCCUGCACCCCAGCUUAUCCAACCACCACCAGGCACAACUUUUCCUCCAUUACAAGACUUUGGUAGUGAAAAUAAGAUUGGAAGUACUGAAAAACCAAAGAAGGCCAAGAAAGCCAAAAAACAACAAGAAAAAGCAGACAAGAUUGUAGCAGAAGCUGUGGCUCGAGCUCAGGCAGAGGGUAGGGAGGUACCCAAGCUGAUGUCUGGAGAUAUUCCGGCAACUGUUAACGAUGUCCAAAACGCGGAUGAGGAAGAUUCUAAGAAAAAGAAAAAACGUGUUCGAAAACCAAAGACUCCCAAAAAAGAGAAGAAAGAGGGAGAUUUAAGUAGUGGUGAAAUGACUCAAGAGUUGGAAAGUCAAGGAGAAUCCACCAUGGAUGGUGAAAAGGUUGAGAAGAAAAAGAAACCAAAAGCAAAACCUCCUGUUAAAAAGAAGAAAAAACCACCUGCUACAUUUUUGAAAAAGAAGAAGAGGAAACGUCAUGAGUCAUCUGAAUCAGAUUCUGAAUUGAAGCAUGCUGUGGCAGAAACAGAGGAAAUAGAUGAUGACCUUAUUCAGAAACGUCGCUCUGCUCGUAAUACAAAAAGAAAGAAGUACUUGGAUGAUGUGGAUUUGAAUCUGUCAGAUGAUGAUACUCGAGAUGUGGAACCUGAAGCAUUAGCUGACACACCAGCAGCAGUCAAAAUUGACAAUGUUGAGGAGGAUAACAGCCUAAUUGUGGACAAAAUCUUGGGAAGUAGAACAAGGAAAAUGGACAAAGAUAUUGACGUGGACGGGGAAAACGACCAAGCUGCUACAAGUGAGGAGGAGGUGGAGGAGUUCUUCGUUAAAUACAAAAACUUCUCUUAUUUGCAUUGUGAGUGGAAAACUGCAGAGGAAUUAGAGAAGGGAGAUAAACGCAUCCAUCAGAAAAUCAAGCGUUUCUUUAUGAAGAAAUCUCAGAACCAGAAUAUGUUCUCAGAGUUGGAUGAGGAUGAACUCUUUAAUCCUGACUAUACUGAGGUACACCGAGUCUUGGAUGUGUCCACCAUAAGUGAUCCCAAUGGUGGGGACGACAUUACUCACUUCCUGGUCAAAUGGCGGGGACUGCCAUAUGAAGAUGCAACAUGGGAAUUACAACAGGAUGUUGACCCUCUUAAAGUGGAGCAGUUCUACAAGUUCAGGGAACCACCAGAAGAUGAUGAGGUAAAACCCCGUGGAACACCGGAGGAAUGGGUGAAACUGGAAGCCUCAAGAGAGUAUAAAAAUGGGAACUCGUUGAGAGACUACCAGUUAGAAGGAGUGAAUUGGCUGAUGUUCAGUUGGCACAACCACCAGAAUUGUAUUCUUGCUGAUGAAAUGGGUCUGGGGAAAACCAUUCAGAGUAUCACCUUCCUCAAUGAAAUCAUGUUGUAUGGAAUUAAGGGGCCAUUCCUUGUGGUUGUCCCUCUUUCCACCCUUGGAAACUGGGAAAGAGAGUUUGAAACCUGGACAGAUAUUAAUGCCAUUGUGUAUCAUGGAAGUUCUACAAGUCGAAACAUGCUACAGGCCUAUGAAAUGUUUUACAAAGAUGAGAAAGGACAACGAAUUCCGAACAUUUUUAAAUUCCAUGCUCUGAUUACUACUUACGAAGUGAUUAUUUCUGAUUGUGAGUUGCUGAGUGACAUUGAAUGGAGAGUCCUCAUUAUUGAUGAAGCUCAUAGAUUGAAAAAUGCCAAAUGUAAACUAAUGGAGGGAUUAAAAAUGUUUGAUUGUGAACACCAUGUCCUUCUGUCAGGAACACCUUUACAGAAUAACACUGAGGAGCUGCACAGUUUACUCAGCUUUCUGGAACCAGAGAGAUUCAAGUCAACCCAAGCCUUCAUGGCAGAAUUUGGGGAUCUUAAGACAGAUGCUCAAGUGGAGAAGUUAAAAGCUAUCUUAAAGCCAAUGAUGUUGAGAAGAUUGAAAGAAGAUGUGGAAAAGAAUCUAGCUGCCAAAGAAGAAACCAUAGUGGAGGUUGAAUUGACGAACAUUCAGAAGAAAUAUUAUCGAGCCAUUUUGGAACGCAACUUCACAUUUUUGUCUAAAGGCACAGGUUCAUCGGCUAAUGUACCAAAUCUGCUUAAUACCAUGAUGGAGUUGCGAAAAUGUUGCAAUCACCCCUAUCUUAUCAAAGGUGCUGAAGACAAGAUUUUGAGUGAGAGCAAAGAAACCAAAGGAAAUGAUGCUGAAUCUGUGUUCCAUACCAUGGUGCAGUCAUGUGGUAAAAUGGUGCUACUUGACAAACUUCUCCCCAAACUGAAGCAGGGAGGACACAAAGUCUUGAUCUUCUCUCAGAUGAUUCGAGUUUUAGACAUCUUGGAGGAUUAUCUCAUACAUAAGCAGUACUUGUUUGAGCGUCUUGAUGGAAGGAUUUGUGGAAAGCUGCGACAAGAGGCCAUAGACAGGUUCUCUAAGCCUGAGUCGGAUCGGUUUGUCUUCCUAUUGUGUACCAGAGCUGGUGGUUUGGGAAUAAAUCUUACAGCUGCUGACACAGUCAUUAUAUACGACUCGGACUGGAAUCCUCAGAAUGAUCUCCAGGCUCAAGCCCGUUGUCACAGAAUAGGACAAACAAAAGAGGUCAAAGUUUACCGUCUUGUGACAAGAAACUCAUAUGAGCGAGAAAUGUUUGACAAGGCUUCUCUGAAGCUGGGUCUGGACAAAGCUGUCUUGCAGUCCAUGGGUUCAGAUAAAGCAGCACCUCAAGCUCAGAUGUCUAAGAAGGAAAUUGAGGAGCUGUUACGUAAAGGAGCUUAUGGAGCUCUGAUGGAUGAUGAUAAGGCUGGGGAUGAAUUCUGCGAAGAGGACAUUGACCAAAUCCUCCAGCGUCGUACUCAGGUUAUCCAGAUCGAAUCUGAAGGAAAGGGAUCAACUUUUGCCAAGGCAAGUUUCUCAAUGUCUGGCACCAGAACGGAUAUUGACAUCAAUGAUCCAAAUUUCUGGCAGAAGUGGGCCAAAAAAGCAGAUGUAGAUGUGGAGGGAAUGAAACAUAAGAAUGAGUUGAUUAUACAAGAGCCAAGACAGAGAAAGCAAACAACUAGAUAUGGGAAUGACGACAAUAUGAUGGAAAUGUCUGACCUAGACUCGUCUAGUAACAGUGAUGAUGAUGACGAUGAGUCAAGAAAAACCAGAAGUGGGAUGAAGAAGCGAGGACGACCAGGCAGAAAAAGACGGGGCUCCGAUGAUGAUUAUGAUGCUGAUGAUGCUGAGGGCUAUGGGAGGUCUGAUUGCUUCAAAGUGGAGAAAAACCUUCUUGUCUAUGGGUGGGGUAGAUGGAAGGACAUCCUGUCCCAUGGAAAGUUUAAGAAAAUGUUGGUGGAGAAGGAUGUGGAGAAUAUUUCUAGAGCACUGCUUAUUUAUUCCCUGCAACAGUACAAGGGAGAUGAGAAGAUUAAGGAAUUUAUAUGGGACCUGAUCUCACCUUCAAGUGAUGGAUCCCUGAAAAACCACUCAGGCUUGUCUGCUCCUGUUCCCCGAGGAAGGAAAGGCAAAAACAAAAAGAAAGAGGGGAAAGUAGAGAGUGGUGGUAGUGAACUUUUCAAGUACAACAAAAUGAAAAACUGUGAUCCAGAAAUAGUGCUACGAGACCCAGGCUACCGCAAGCAUCUACACAGACAUGCUAACAAAGUGCUACUAAGGGUUAGGUUAUUGUACUAUCUGAAAGAAGAAAUCAUUGGACCUGAAGCAGCUGAAAAAGUUACUCAGGGAUUAAAUGCAAGUGAUAUUGAAAUUCCCCAGGCCGAGCCUGAUGGAGACCCUCCCACUGCCUGGUGGGAUGAGGAGGCAGACAAGUCCCUCCUUAUAGGAGUUUAUAAACAUGGCUAUGAGAAAUACAACAUGAUGAGACAGGAUCCUGCAUUGAUAUUCUUGGGCAAAUGUGGACCACCAGAUGGAGCCGCAUUAGCAGCUGAACAAAAUGAUGAUGACGAUGACGAUUUAGAUGAGUCCAAAAUCAAGCAGGAUGAUGAUGAAGAUGUGUCAAUGAGCUCGAUACCCGAGUCCAGCAAAAAAGCUACUCCAACUAAUGCCCCACCCACUGAAAAGUUGGAAGGUGGAGAGGGUAUGGAGGAAGACAAGCUGCCCUUCCCAUCAUCCUCAGAUCUUAACACAAGACUACGAAGAAUCAUCACUGGAUUCCAACGCAACCACAAGAGGAUGCUGAUUAAAAAUGCCCAGAAAGUCAAGAGAAUGGAGCGCCGUGAAAGGUUUGAAGCAGUGCUUAAGGAGCGUGAGAGCCAGAGAAUGCAGUAUCAACAAUGGUCUGUACCAGACCCCUAUGGUCUAUCCCUCCAACACUUGUCAGAGAGUACAAGCCGCUGGUCCAGACGCGAGGAACAGGAUUUCUACAGGGUCAUUUCCAGCUUUGGCGUGGAGUUUGACCUUGUUACUGGACGCUAUAAAUGGGAUCGAUUCCGACAGCUGGCACACCUAGAAAAGAAGUUUGAUGACACUCUAACAGAGUAUUUCCAAGCAUUUUACCACAUGUGUAUGAGGGUGUGCAAGAAGUUUAAAAAUGAUGACGAUGCUCUUCCACCAAAUAAUAUCUACGUUGAUCCCAUCACUGAAGAAAGAGCCAGUCGCUGUUUGGCUCGGAUCGACAUGCUGAACAAAAUCCGCACAGAGACUUUGAACCAUCCAAAGUUGGAUGAGAGAGUGAAACUUUGUCAGCCAUCAUAUGACUUGCCACCCUGGUGGAUUUGUGGUCAGCAUGACAAAGAUCUCCUAAUUGGAGCAGCAAGACAUGGUGUUGUUAGGACAGACUAUCAUAUCUUGUUUGAUCCAACUUUGUCGUUUAUUGAUGUCCUUAAGAAUAAACAAACAGCUAGUCAUUCCAGCUCUCCCUUGCCAACCAAAGAUAAAGAUGUUAAACAUGAAGAUGGAGAAGAGAAAUCUGUUAAGAAAGAAAAGGAAGUAAAAGAGAAAGUAAAAGAAGAAAUCAAGGAAGAAACAGGUGCUUCAAAAUCUGAGAAUGACAUAAUUAAAUCUGAACAGUCACCAAAGAAAGAAAAUGUUACUUUGAGUGAGGAUAAAGACCUAACAACAGAGGGAGACAAGUCUCUGGGAAAUGAGGAAGAAAAAUCAAGUGAGAGAAUUAAAGAAGUAAAUGGGGAGACUGAGAUGGAUGUUUCCAUUGUAACAUCUGAACAUUCACCAAAUAAGUCUAGUGAAAAAUCCCCAAGUAAAUCUAGUGAAAUGUCACCAAGUAAAACAAGUGAUAAAUCACCUGUAAAGACAGAGGAUGGAGAGACAGCUAUUAAAAUGGAAGUGGAAGAUUUCUCAGUAAAGAAAGAAACUCCUGACUCACCGGUCAAGAAGGAGGUGGAGGAUUCAUCUGAAAGGAAGGAUGGUGAACAGGUGAAGAAGGAAGAGGAGGAAGCUAUUGUGAAGAAGGAGUUAUCUGAGUUAGUGAAGGAAGAUGUUCCCCAAGACUUGACCUCUAUAAAAGAAAAGGUCAAAGGUGAAAAAUGUGAUAAAGUGGUGAAAGAAGAAGAAAGAAUCAAAAAUGUGGACGAAACAGAACAGAAGGUUAGGGAUAUUGUGAAGGACAUCAAAAGACAGACAACAGAGGAAAUGGCCAAGUUAGAAAGACGGAGGGAAAAAGAUACCAAAUGUUCAUAUGAGGAGGAGGAGCUGCAGAAAUUUUUGGCAAGAAGAGAAGAGAUGGAGGCAGAGGGGAUGGUAGCAGAUUACUUACCUGAAAGUCAACUAAGUGCUGCCAUCAGCUGGCCAAAGGACCGAGUAUUAUUUCAUCGACUGGAGCAUAUUUGCUACUGUGUAGAACACAACGAAUGGCCAUUCCCGAAAAGAAUGUCCUACAUCCCCAUGAACUAUGACUCGCGGAGUGGAACACCAGUAGGAUCCAUGACUCCUAAGGACGACCCCGAUCUCAGCCAAUCAGAUGCCGGGGAUUCGGUUUAUGAUGGUGUCAAGGGUGAUGGAUUGAAGAUGACCUUCCACAAGAGAAGAGGACAAGGUCGUAAAUAUGAAUUUGAAGGCAGUCGCAUGCAGCAGCUGAUGAACCGCAGUGCAGCCUCCAGUGACAAUGAGAGUCUGUCUGAAACCCCCCGAUCUCAGGUACCUGGUCACCUGUCUCCUAGACACUCCCCUCAUCACUACCUCUUCUCACAGACUCCUGCCGAGUUGCUGAAUGGCGCUGGCCCAGAAUUAGAUCCAGAGCUCCUAAGGAGAAGCAUGAUGGAGCAUGCGCUCUAUUUUGGAGACCGAAGGGGCAGAAGAGGUCGCAAAAGGAAAGCAGAAAAAAUGGCAGAAAUUGCAAUGGCUGAAGCGCUAUCCAAGAGAAACACAGCUAGAGCAGCUGCCAGCUUUGAACCAGAGUCCCGUGUUCCUGUCGUUAACUUGGAGGAUGGUAGUCGUCUGUCAGGUGAUGAAGCUCCACUGAAGCGUGACCUUGACAAAUGGUUGGAUGAGCAUCCAGGUUACAUGGUAGACAGACCUCCAGAAAUGUAUAUGGAGGAAGAAGAUAUGCUAGAGCAUGGUGAUAGAAGAAGAGGAAGAAGGCCCAAGGUAGACCCAGCUAUGUUAGACCCCAUGAAACUGACAGGAGAGGAAAAUGUAGCCGUGGUCAAUAGAAUCACUGGCAAAAGGAUAACUGGUGCUAAAGCUCCCCCUAUGAGGUAUCUAGGUGAAUGGUUAGAACAGAAUCCUCUCUAUGAUGUAGACCCCAAAUGGAUUGAUAUUGUUAAAUCCAAGGCCAAUUUACCAAAGAAUCUGUUGUCACGUGUGAGCACACCAUCAUCGGAACGUCGACGUGGCAGACCAAGGGAAAGGGAUCUGUCAGCGUCUUUGCUAUCAGACAAUCCCUACAGUGCUGCGUCUCUAGCUGCCAGUAUGUCUGCAUUUCCAGGCCUUGGUCUCAUGUCAGGCUUUGGCAAAAUGCCUCUGGGAAUGCCCUUUGGAACAUUGCCUAAUUUAGGACUGACAAAUCCCAUGCUGGCAGGUUUUGCUGGCUUGAUGCCUGGACUUUCACCAUCUACAAUGGCAAAGUCGAUGGAAAGUGAGACCAGAAAAGAAAAAUCACCCAGCAGUAGCAAGGAGUCAAGCAAAUCCAAAUCCCCAAGCAGCUCUCAGACUCCACACCCUUCAUUCCCCAUGUUGUAUAAUCCACUUCUAUUCAAUCCCCUCCUAGCAGCCCAGGCUGCUCAGGGCUUGAACUUCUCGCUGCCCACAUCACUGCCCUCGUCUUUCGCCUCCCUGGCCCAAUCAGGUCUUGUUAAUGGACAGGGUGAUUCUGAUCUGGAGGAAGGAGAAAUCAAACGAUACAGCCAGGCAGAACACCGUGAACAGGAAAUGGCUCAAGAUCUGUCAGUGAGACGUAAAGAGGCCCAUUCUCACCAUAGGAAACGGAAAAGUUACGAAGUGUCUCGACCUGCUGAAGCAGCAAGUGUUAGGGACGAUCAAGACCAAGCAGCAUGUUUAGACUUGUCUAUCAAAUCAAAACCAAAAGAUUCACCAAAAGCCAGUGAUAUGUCGAGUAGAUCACAUUCUACUUCAGAAUCACCAAAAGAUAGUUCAAAAACCAAAAACAAAAUACAGGGUUCAUUUAAAUUGGAUAAAAUUUUGGACACUCUUAAGGACAAAGUGAACAAAAUGGAAGACAAACCUGUUAAAAAGGAAAAGGAUAAAGACAAAGAGUCAAAACUAAAUAGCAUUUUAAUGAAAAUAGCCAAAGAGAAAGAUGUGGAUGUGAAUACAUUGAACUCUAUGGCAGUUUCAGACACAUCCCACACCAAGUGUUCAGAAGGGUCAGAUCUAUUAACGGGAAAGAAAGAAGGAGAGAUGUCGUCAGAGGAAACUGAAAUGUUGACAAAAGAAAGUGAGGACCAGUCAUGAUAAUCAGAUUUUGGAGUGACCACUGUUCAUUUCAAGACUUGCUGUGCAUGAGUGAGUGAAACCAUAUCAAGGGUCAUCUGUCCAUAUUUGGAAGGGCCACUUAAAACUGUACAGUGGAAUACUGUGUUGAAUGUGUUCCAGAAAAAAUGUGACUUGUUUGUUACUAGUGGAUUUAAUUUAUUCAUUGUGAGUGAGUGGAUAGCCUUCAUGAUAUGUAUACUGUACAUGUGUUGACAGAUUCCAGGUCAUGUUUGUCUGCCAAAUAGUGAUAAGUGUGGUUUCCAUGGUUUCACAAAGAUCUCCCCCGUUUGCUCACCCCUUGGCAGAUUGCUGAGGAUGUUGAGGGGUGGGCACAGUCACUGCAGACACCUCAUCAUUUUCGUUCUCAGGGCAAUAAUGUUAAAAACAAGUAUUACAUGUGUUGGAACAAUUUUUUUUUUUUGCAUAGUAACAAUCAAUUCAUCUCGCUCAUGUUGUAUAUAAUUUAUUCAUUGUCGGAAGUUCAAAUGUACCAGGCUAAACCACUGAAAUACAUAACUUUUUUUUAUGUGUGAUAAGGCCACAAACAAGCAAAGCUAAACUUUGUUGAGACAAGUACGGUUGUGAUAGAAUUGUACAUUGGAUGGUAGAUUUGAAUUUCCUUGUCAUUUUUACACAUGAUAUUAGUUUCAUAGGCUAUCAUUGCUGUUGUGUAUAUGCAAUUUAAUUUAAGAGUCACAUUUUCAAAGAAAAAGGAAAAAAAAGCCAGGUUAGAUCAAAUAACUUACCUGCAAUAAUGACUUUCUGACAGUAUUGACUGUUUCCAAAACGCACCAGAAUAUUGUCUUUCCUAUGCUUUGGUUCAUUGAUUAUGACCUUUCGUGAUUUGUGAUGAAAAUACUGCUUUACUAUGUCUUUACAUGUAUCUCAGGUCCAUUGGUCUGUAAGGUGAGAUUUUGUCAAAGUUCUUAUCUACAUGUACAUUGUCUUCAUCUAACAAAAAUUAUGUUAAACUGGGUGGGGAAAAAAGUGCACAUUCCUCAAAGGUUUUCAUCUGAAUUUAUGUUCACUUUGUUCUGUUAUAUUAAUAUUGCCUCCAUUUGAAAUAAUUUAUGUAUUAGUAGUGCAAAAUUCAUCUCAUCAAAAUUGGAGGUGAUAAAAUAAUGAAAUUAGAUGAUUUUUCUUUGUCCAUGACAUUGAUAGAAGGUCAUUUAUUCUAUCAUAUCAAUAGUUUUCCUGCAAGGCAGGCAAGUAUUUAGGUGCAGAUGGUGUCUACACCAAUAUUAAGAUUGCUCUUUACACUUUAAUGUAGGGGCAUUUUCUCUAGAGAGAAGAAAUUGCAGGUGAUUUCUUGCCCGGAAUAAUUUUGUUGGGUGGAUGUUUAGUGAAAUAACGAAUUGUAUGUAUUUAUUUGUUGAGGAAAUUUUGUAUGUAAACUAUUUUUAUUAAACAUGAAUUCAGUAA